UCCUACGAGAUCACCCCUCGCAUUCGGGCCUGGCGCCAGACACUUGAGCGGUGCCGGAGUGCAGCCCAGGUGUGCUUGUGCCUGGGCCAGCUGGAGAGGUCCAUUGCCUGGGAGAAGUCCGUCAACAAAGUGACCUGUCUCGUCUGCCGGAAGGGUGACAACGAUGAGUUUCUUCUGCUUUGUGAUGGAUGUGAUCGUGGCUGCCACAUUUACUGCCAUCGGCCCAAGAUGGAGGCUGUCCCAGAAGGAGAUUGGUUCUGUGCCGUAUGUUUGGCCCAGCAGGUAGAGGGAGGAUUCACUCAGAAGCCUGGUUUCCCGAAACGAGGCCAGAAGCGGAAAAGCAGUUACGAGCUGAACUUCGCGGAGGGUGAUGGCCGCCGACGCCGGGUACUGUCCAGGGGCCGAGAGAGCCCAGCAGUGCCUCGGUACUCAGAAGAAGGGCUGUCCCCCGCCAAGCGGCGGCGCUUCUCCAUGCGGAACCACCACAGUGAUCUCACAUUUUGCGAGAUUAUCUUGAUGGAGAUGGAGUCCCAUGACGCAGCUUGGCCAUUCCUGGAGCCCGUGAACCCACGUUUGGUGAGCGGGUACCGGCGCAUCAUCAAAAACCCUAUGGAUUUUUCCACCAUGCGGGAGCGGCUGCUCCGGGGAGGGUAUACCAGCUCAGAGGAGUUUGCAGCGGAUGCGCUCCUGGUCUUUGACAACUGCCAGACCUUCAAUGAGGAUGACUCUGAAGUGGGCAAGGCUGGGCACAUCAUGCGCCGCUUCUUCGAGAGCCGCUGGGAGGAGUUUUAUCAGGGAAAACAGGCCAAUCUGUGAGGCAAGGGAGGUGGGGAGUCACCUCGUGGCAUCUCCCCCUGCCCUCCAAACAAAAACCCUGCCAUUCUCACCUGCUGAUGCUGCCCUGGGUCCAGACUCAAGUCAGAGAUCUCAGCCUGAUUUUUGACCUUACCCUUGGCAGCGCCCUACAUCCUCUUACCCCUACCUGCACCCCUUUUUCCCUUUCCUCUUCUUGCUCCUCAAAUAAGAGGGGCAGAGAUGAGGUCCUUCUGGACUGAAAGCCAAAAAAAGAAAGAAAGAAAGAAUUUUUCCUUUCUGUUUUAUUUCCUAAUUUAAAAUGAGGAGGAGGAAGGAAGUCCCUGCUUCCUCCUCCCACCUUCUUCUCCUUCCCUGUACGUGCCCCAGCAUUCUGGGGCUAUUUAACAAUAGCAAUAGUUCUAGUGAAUGUGUGAAACCGAAAAACACUCUGUACUGUGUGUGGACCCGCAGUGACGGCCAGUAAAGUGGACUUAACUCCCAAGUGUGUCGAGCCGGACACCGGGCCCUGAACAUGCUGCUUCCAUGUUCAGUCCCUUCCCUGCUUCCCACUUUCUCAAUUUUUCCUUUUCCCUCCUCUCCCUACUUUUAAGAUUUUCUCUCAUCCAAUAAUGUAAAGCUAUCGUGUACGGGUUCCUCUACCCUUUUCUCUCCCCCCAAAUCUUUUUUCCCCUCAAAGGAAAUAGAAAUUCAGAGGUCCCUGUCUUUCUCUCUGUCCUCAUCGUCCUGCCAAUAGCUACCCCCUCUGUAAUGUUGGAUACUCCUCACAUGCUGAGUUUCUAGCCUUUUUUUGAAACUCAGUAGCUGGGGAGAGGGCAGGGAGGCACCCUGGACCCUGGGCCUUCCAGCCUCCUUCCCCACCUCUUACCCAAACCUCCCUCUUGGGAACUCCUCAGGGACAACUACUGCUGAGUUUGGGCGCACUCCCAAGAUGGAGGCCAGGUAGCAAUCAGCUGGCCUCAGAGAGAGGUGUGUGUGCGUGUGUGUGUGUGUCUGUGUGUGUGUGUGUGUGUGUCUGUGGGGGGGAGGGAGGAUGCUGUGAUUGUGCCCCUGUGCUGUUUGAUGGCAUCCAGUUUCCCCAAGUAUCUUUUUGUUCCCACCUUCCCUAGUGUUUCAAACCAUCACAUUUUUGUCCUUGGGAAACCACAGGAGCAGUUUUUCUGGGUACAAGGCUCUGUCUCCUCUCUCCCAGGCAUUUCUGUUCCAGCCUCUUCAAACUGUGCAAUCUUUCAGCAGGAACUCCCUCUCCUUUCAAUAGCUUUGAGUCUUAAGCUUUUGUAGGGAGAGGGGUAGAACUGGAUCUUUCCCUAAUCCCAUGAGCUUCUGUGGGUUUAGUUGUGCUUUUCUUUCCUUAUCUACUUCAUACCCGGGACCCCUUCCCCAGCAGCAGCAGAGACCCCAGAGCACAAGAGAGUAGGGAAGAGGGGUUCUGGGUCCACCACUGCCCUACAUGUGACUAUGCCCAAGUUAAGCCCCAGCAUGUGAGAGGAAAGCUGCUAACUCCCAGCUACAGCCAUGGGCCCCUGUCCCCCCUGCUUUCCUGCUCAGCAGCGCCCCUCCCAUCAGAGAUUACGGGUACUUGCACUGGGGAGGUGGCUGUUGGCCGGCCCAAGCAGAGAGCUGAGGCGUCCAAGAAAUGUUCCAUUGGUGGGGGAGGGGGCGCCAGGCGAGGUGGAGCAUUCCUUGUACUUCUGGCAGCACUGGAUAGCCACUGAAGGGGGUGGGGGGCGGUGUGGGGAGGUCCUGGGGCAGCCCCUCUCUUACUCCUUUAUGCCCCCCUUCUCCCCCAUGGCCUAUUUCUAAAGUCGCCUUUUCUGUCAGAUAAACCUCAAAACUUUUAAUUUUAUUUGAGAUUUUUUUUUUUUUUUUUUGCUUUUAAAGAGGUGGAUUGAAGAAUAUUUGAAUUGACUUUAUAUUAUGCAUAAAUAUUUAUAUUUUAUCUAAAUAACUGCGCUGUAACAAAGUUUGUGUCAGUCAAACGUUUGGAACUGUUAUAGUUGGGGGCUCUUCUUUUUUCCCCAUGGCAGUUUUCCCCGGUAUAAAAUGUACUAGAUUAAUUUUAUUGUUGGAAGCGAGGUGGACGGGGGAGUGAAAUCUCCAUGUUCCUUCUUUGUGUUCCUCUCCCAGCUCCAUCUCUUUUCCCUAGGGACCAGGCACUCUUAAGAUGGGGUGGAGUCCUAGCCUCAGUUUGAAGAAAUUGGGGCUGAAAGGGGGGGUAGGGGUAGGGCAUGAUCAAAGGGGCCAUUUCUCAUGUUCUUUCCUCAUCUUCACCGCCCCUCGAGCUAGGUGGAUUUUCUCUUCUUGACAAAUAAGAGUAUUUGGUAGGGAAGGCAGGUUAAAAAAUAAUAAAACCCACCCCCUGCCCCUUUGUUUUCCCUCCCCUCUAUCAGUCUGGUAACAGGAAGAAACCACACCAUCAACACCAACAAGUUUCCAUGUUCCUUUUACAACAAAAGGGACUUGACUUUUUAUAUAACCAAAUGUGGUGUUUUAGUGACUUUUUGAUAAUGUACAGUUUUUUGUGAAUUUAAAUUUAUUUCUUUCUAUAUUUUUAGGACCAAUCUCAUUUUUAAUAAGGUUUAAAAAAGAAAAAAAAAAGGUCUAGAGAAAAAACCUCCUGUUUUUGCCAUGUGAUGUUCCACAAGUGCAGCUGUAGAAAAGUGCUUGUCAGUUGAAAUAAAAACCACAUUUGAUAGAGA